GUGUAAAAGAAGCAUUAGGCGAAAAUACUGCGACUUUCGUAAUGUUAUAACGUUGAUUAUCGUCAUUCAAUCGUUUAACAAAAUAAAAACUGUUAAAAAAGUGAAUUAGGAAAAACUUAUACAUUUAUGUUUAUUUGGAAUUGCAAAAGCAUGGCGGACUUAGAAGCUGUUUUGGCUGAUGUCAGCUACUUAAUGGCCAUGGAGAAGUCUAAAUGUACUCCUGCCGCAAGAGCCAGCAAAAAACUGACUUUACCGGAUCCCAGUGUCAGAAGCGUAAUGUAUAAAUAUUUGGAAAAGGAAAACGAAAUGAACUUUCAAAAUUUUAAUGAAGUGUUGGGUUAUUUGCUGUUUAAGGAUUUUUGUGAAAAUGAUUCUGAUGAACCUAUACAACAACUAAAAUUCUACGAACAAGUAGGCUUAUUUGAAAAAACAGAAUGUUAUGAUGAACGAAAAAAAACUGCGAGAGAAAUUUACGAUAAUUUUAUAAUGGAAGAAAUGCUUUCGCAUACAUAUGAAUAUUCCAAAGAUGCUGUUGCGAGUGUUCAAAAAUAUUUGUUGAAAAAUGAAGUUCCUGUGGAUUUGUUUGAACCUUAUAUGGAAGAAAUUUUUACGCAACUUAAAGGAAAGCCAUUUAAAAAGUUUUUAGAGAGCGAAAAAUUUACUAGAUUCUGUCAGUAAAAUUUGGAGCUUAACAUACAAUUGUCAAUGAACGAUUUCAGUGUGCAUCGGAUUAUAGGACGAGGAGGCUUUGGAGAAGUUUACGGAUGCCGAAAAGCAGACACCGGAAAAAUGUACGCCAUGAAAUGUUUAGACAAAAAAAGGAUUAAAAUGAAACAAGGUGAAAUGUUAGUUAAUGAGCGCAACAUGUUACAAGCCGUAAGCACGGGAAUUGACUGUCCUUCAUAGUUUGCAUGACCCUACGCUUUUCAUACACCAGAUAAACUUUGCUUUAUAUUGGACUUAAUGAUCGGUGGUGAUUUGCAUUACCACUUAUCUCAACAUGGGGUUUUCAAUGAGGACGAAAUGAAAUUCUAUGCUGCUGAAGUUAUUUUAGGUCUGGAACAUAUGCACAAACGCUUCAUUGUUUAUCGUGAUUUAAAACCAGCUAACAUAUUGCUUGAUGAAAACGGACACAUAAGAAUUUCUGAUUUGGGAUUGGCAUGUGACUUUUAAAAAAAACCACAUGCUUCAGUGGGAACUCACGGUUAUAUGGCACCAGAAGUAUUAUCAAAAGGAACUUCUUACGAUUCUUGUGCUGAUUGGUUUAGCUUCGGAUGUAUGUUAUAUAAACUUUUAAAAGGUCAUUCUCCAUUUCGCCAACAUAAAACUAAGGAUAAGCACGAAAUUGAUAAAAUGACUUUAACUAUGAAUGUCGAACUUCCAGAAACAUUUUCUAUGGAACUUCGAAACUUAUUGGAAAUGCUACUUCAAAGGGACGUACCCAAACGACUUGGAUGCAUGGGGAAUGGUGCUGACGAAGUCAAAAUGAACAAUUUUUUUUGUGGUAUAGACUGGCAUCAAGUAUACAAACAAAAAUAUACGCCACCAUUAGUUCCUCCAAGAGGAGAAGUAAAUGCCGCCGAUGCCUUUGAUAUUGGUUCAUUUGACGAAGAAGACACAAAAGGUAUAAAGUUAAACGACGACCAAGAUCUUUACAAGAUGUUUUCUUUGACUAUAUCAGAAAGAUGGCAGCAAGAAGUAGCUGAAACUGUUUUUGAUACGGUCAAUGCAGAGACCGAUAAAAUUGAACUAAAAAGAAAAUCAAAGCAAAAACAACACUUUGAUAUGGACGAAAAGGAAUCAGAUUGUAUAUUACAUGGAUAUAUUAAAAAGCUUGGUGGCUCGUUUGCUUCGAUAUGGCAAACGAAAUAUGCAAAGCUAUAUCCAAACAGGUUGGAAUUACACUCAGGUGGAAAUAAUAAACCAGAGUUAAUAUUUAUGGACCAAGUAGAAGAUAUUUCAUCAGAUUACAUUCUUCAUAAAAAUGAAAAUUGCAUUCAGAUUCGCAUUAAUGACGGCAGCCGAGACGGGCGCAUCAUUUUAACUAAUUCGGAUGAAAUAGGUUUAAAGGAGUGGGCUUCUUCCCUUAGAUCAGCACAUAAUUCUCAAGACCUUUUAGGAUCCAUGGCUAAAAAGGCUGGAAAAAUUUAUGGAAGUGAACGAGAUGCCACCAAAUCUUUGCUUAUACUUGGAGGAAAUGGUUCAACGAAAUCUUCUAAUGGAUCUAACUAAAUAUUCAUGUUAAAUAAAAAAUUUCAUUUCAAAUAUUCAUUGUAAAAGAAAAAAAAAUUUAAAUAAAUGUGAAGAAAUUCGUAUAUAUUCAGCCUGUUUCAGGUUGAACAAAGUA